GUGGUACUAUCAAAACUCCCCAUACUACUGUUUCUUUGCUCGUAAUUCUGCUAUUAAUGUCUCUCAUUCCUCAAAUGGAGGGAACCAGGAAAGAGCUGGAAGAUAAAAAUAUUGAUCGUAAGGCAAUGGCGGUGGAAGACGAAUGUCGGGCGAUGCCACCCGGACGAAGGCCGAUUUUCCGAAGAAAAUGGACAACUUUAGACAAACGUUCUGCUGGUGCUUUUCUGGUUAUGCAUUUCCUUUGUCUCUUGGCACCAUUUCAUUUCACAUGGCCAGCCUUUUGGCUUGCCUUUGUACUCUACGUUAUCACUGGCUUGUUCGGUUUGACGCUCUCGUACCACCGACAUCUCACACACAAGAGUUUCAAACUUCCCAAAUGGCUCGAAUACACAUUUGCUUAUAUUGGAGUCCAUACUUUUCAAGGCGAUCCAAUUGACUGGGUGAGUACGCAUAGAUAUCACCAUCAAUUUGUGGAUACCGAAAGAGAUCCACACACUCCUACACAAGGGUUUUGGUUUGGACACAUUGCUUGGAUAUUUGAUUCAUAUGGUUUAACUAAAAAAGUUAGCCCAAAACAUGUCGAAGAUUUUGAGAAAAGAGAUGAAAAACGAAAGAGUUUAAGCAAUAUUUUUGUGGGAUAUGUGAAGUAUGGAAGACCAAACAAUGUUGAGGAUUUACAAAAGCAAGCGUUUUAUAGAUUUCUUCGAAGAACAUACAUUCUUCAUCAUUUUGGUCUUGCAGUUGUCCUCUAUCUUGUCGGAGGGCUUCCUUUCCUCGUUUGGGGAAUGGGUGUAAGAACCGUAUGCUUUCAACAUGUCACUUUCGCUGUGAACUCUUUAGGCCACAUGUGGGGAAACCAGCAAUGGAACACUGGGGAUCAGUCCAGAAAUAAUUGGGUGUUGGCAUUACUUAUAUUUGGAGAAGGAUGGCACAACAACCACCAUGCAUUUGAGUACUCAGCUCGACAUGGCCUAGAAUGGUGGCAAUUAGAUGCAACUUGGUGGGUCAUUUUGUUUCUUGAAGCUGUAGGGCUAGCCACUGAUUUGAAGUUACCCUCUCAACACCACAUGCAGAAGUUGGCCAUUCAACCUAAGAGCGAGUGAUGAUAGUAAAAAGCACUUUACCAUGACUUUUUAAGGGUUUAAAAAUAUAAUUUUAAACCCUUAGAAAGUCAUUUCUCGAACUCUCUCUCAAUUUAUCUUUCUUUUCAACUUUCUUAACUGUUGUAUGAACCAUAUAUAUCCUUUGUUUGAUAUUAAACACUUAAUUUUAUCAAUAAAAGAAAAUACUAGAAAUUGUCCUAAAGUAUAGGGAUUUUUUGGCUAGUUGAAUAAAGCGAGAGAGAAGAUAUUAUGUACUUGGCUUUUAACUAGUGUGUGAAA